AUGGAGGAGGGUGCGCGGCGUGAGGAGGCGGGCGGCGCAGGGCGGGAGAAGCGCCGUCGCUCGUCGUCUGCGUUUUCCUUCAUGCUCGAGGCCGAAGGCGACGACUUUUCUCCGAAGCGGCAACGAGGCUCUGUCUGCCGCAACGGGGACGACGCCUCCACCUUCCCCACGUCUGCGCCUGCAUCCGGCGGAGGCACAGACUUGCUUGGCGUGUCGCCCUCCGCCUCUUCGUCCGCGGCGCCUGCGGCGCACGCCUCUUCUUCCUCUCUUUCGCCUCGUGAGGAGCGCGAGAGCGAAGAGAAGGGGGGCUGCGACGAAGGAUUCCUCACGAGGCGCGUGGUGGGGAAGGAAGAGCACGAAGAGGAGGGCCUGCUGCUGCUCGGCUCAUGUCUGUCCGACGUGAAUCAAGAUUUCUCUGGAUUCACCUUCGAAACCGACGCGGCGCUCAUCGAGUCUCUCCUCGCGCCCUCCACGGCGGGCGCCGACGGCGAGGGCGGCGACCCGCUGCCGAGCUCCGCGGCUCAAGACGCGGUCGCCUCCUUCGAUGUGGCUGCAGCGUCGUUCCCUUCCCUCGGCGGUCAGGAAGAUGCGUCUUCCGCGUCCUCCCCUCCCUCGCCUGCGUCCGCGCGGCUCUCGGUGCUGGGCCAGCAGGGGGCCUGUUCACCGUCUGGGCUGCCGGCGCCCUCGCCUCUCUCUUCUUUUCCCCCCCCGUCCGGCGCGGCGUCUUCUGUCUCGCUCUCGGCGGAGAGCUUGCUGGCGCUCGCGCCCGCGCACGCGAGUCAGAUCAAAGAGACGCAGGGGGGAGAGAGUGUUUUGUCUCUGAAAAAACAGGAUAUCCUCGCUGCAGCGCCGCCGCUCUUUUCGCCGCCGACUGUGCCGGAAGUACAGAACGUCGUGGCUUCGGGCCGCGUCGCGUGGAAGACGCUGCAAGAGGAAGACGGCGCUUGCGCCUGGACGACCGACAACGAAGAGGUCAAACUCGAUCUGCGCCACCUCGCGAUCAGCUGCAGAUUCGCGGAGUACAACCCGCGAAAAAUCAACGCAUGCAUCAUCCGACUCAGAAACCCGAAGUGUACCGUCCUCGUGUUCAGAUCUGGUCGCCUUAUGAUCACCGGCGCGCGAAGCGAAGCGGAGGCUGAGCGGGCGGCGCGGCUGGUCGCGCGAAUGCUUACGUUUGCGUAUUGCGGCGGGACUGAGAAGGGCGCGGAGAGUCUGCUUCGCGCGAGUCCUCUUCCGUCGCUUCCUUCCUGCAAGGAAGUCGGCGGCGAAGAGGCGAGCGCCGCAGCAGGCCCGUGUGCAGCUGUCGCCCUGCCGAGCCCGGAGGCGUCGAUGGGGCGCGCCGAGAAGGAAAGUCGGAAGCAGCGAAGGAGAAGGAAACUGUGUCUCCGCGACUUCAAAGUCGAAAACGUCGUCGCCAGCGCAGACUGCGGAGUGCCCGUCCGACUCGAGGGCCUCGCCUUCGAACACAAAGAAUUCUCCAGCUACGAACCCGAGCUCUUCUCGGGGCUCGUCUACCGUUACAAUCCGACGGCGUCUCUGAAGGCCGUUCUGCUGGUGUUCGUCAGCGGCAAAGUUGUCAUCACAGGAUGCAAAAAUUUGAGCGAAGUGAACCACGUGUUCGAGGCGCUUUACCCAGUGCUCAUCCGGUACCACCAGUGA